UUGAGUGUAGAGAGGAAAAUGAACUGACUUCAAGAAGUACUGUCACCGAGGGAAUCUGAGGGAAUGUGGACGCUCACAACAUGAAGAGAGAAGGUGGGAAGUCAGCGACUGUUGUCGCAGUUGUGACUGAACCUCGGUUCGCUCAGCGAUAUAGGGAAUAUCUGGAGAAGCAGAAACUCCUGAAUAGACAGCACCGUGUGGAAAAGAUGCCGGAUGGCACCGUGGCGCUACCGGUGCUGGGAGAGACCCUCCCGGAGCGGCACCUGCGCGAGCUGAGCAGUCGCGUGGCCCCAGGCAGCACCUGUGUGCUGACGCAGCUCCGGGAUCCUGCCCCUUCAAAGAAGGCCCAGGGUUGCUCACCUGCCCAAAGAUUGUGUGUUGAGGUGAGUCGCUGGGUAGAGGGCCAGGGAAUCAAGUGGUCCUCUGAGUUGGAGGCUGACUUACCCCGAUCUUGGCAACGGCACGGAGACCUCUUGUUGCUUAGUGAAGACUGUUUUCAAAACAAGCAAUGGAAAAGUCUGGAACCAGGACUCUGGGAGAUCGUUGCCUCGGCACUUUGUGUCCAGCGUUUGGCAAAACGAGGGCGGGUAUCACCGGAUGGCACUCGAACUCCAACAGUGACUCUUCUGCUAGGUGAUCACGGCUGGGGAGAGCAUGUGGAUAAUGGUAUCCGAUAUAAGUUUGACGUGACCCAGUGUAUGUUCUCCUUCGGAAACAUUACAGAGAAGCUGCGAGUGGCGUCGCUAUCCUGUGCUGGAGAAGUGGUAGUGGAUCUCUAUGCUGGGAUUGGUUAUUUCACAUUGCCCUUCCUAGUUCAUGCUGGUGCUGCCUUCCUUCAUGCCUGUGAGUGGAACCCCCAUGCUGUAGCUGCUCUGAGAAAUAACUUGGAGAUCAAUGGAGUAGCAGAUAGGUGCCAGAUACACUUUGGGGAUAACAGGAAGCUGAAGCUCUCAAACAUUGCAGAUAGGGUGAACCUGGGGCUUAUUCCCAGCUCUGAAGAAGGCUGGCCCAUUGCCUGCCAAGUGCUAAGAGGAGAUGCUGGUGGUAUUCUGCAUAUUCAUCAAAAUGUGGAAUCUUUCCCAGGGAAGAAUCUCCAGCCUCCUAAAAGCAACAAAAUGGAGAGAGAGCAUUGGCCUUAUCCUCAGAAAAUUAUCACCAACUUGUGGGAAAAUGGAGCUACCAGGGAUUCCAAGAGAAAAAUGCUGUCACCAGCCACCAAGCCAGAGUGGCAAAGUUGGGCAGAAUCCGCAGAAAUUCGAAUUGCCUCUCUUCUUCAGCAGGUACAUGGGAAACCAUGGAGGACACGAAUCCUGCACAUCCAACCAGUGAAAUCGUAUGCUCCCUACGUGGAUCACCUAGUCUUGGAUCUGGAAUGUCGCCCUUGUACUUUAGUAGGCUGAGGAGGUGAAUCUGGGGAUAGAAGGGAUCAAUGUAUGAGUGGCCCUUCAUGCAUCAGCUGAGGCUGAGUUCUAAUUCCUUUUGUCUCCUGGUGAUCUGUUUUAAUAUUCUGUGGCACUGAAAGCAACCUCUAGACCAGUCCUAUUCAUUUGUCUUCCAGAGAUCACACUGAGAAUGAACUAACAUACCUGGGAGAAGCAGCAUGGCUCACUGAAAAGAAGUUCAUCUGUGCAAUUAGAAAUUCCUAAUUCUGACCUCAGUUCUAAGUUUCAGUAUUCUUUGGCCUUGGAUUUCCUUAUAUGCAAAAGGAGAUUUCCUUGAACUGUCUCAUAUGGCUAUUGUGAGACAGUUGUACACAGGACAUUGGUUAGUGUGAAGGACACAGUUACUGCUAUAAUAUGGAAAUCAACUGGGCCAUGGUGGAAACAGGGAGACUGGUGAGGAGGGUUCUGUGGUUGUCCAGGUGUGAGGUGAUGGUGACUUGGAUUAGGGUGGUGGCUGUGGGAGGUGGAGGGUUUGAAAAAUAAAAUCAACAGGACCAAA